UGCAGGGCACCGUCACCCACCUGAAAAGAUGGUCAGACCUUAGAAAAGCAUGUGACAUAAAAUGGCACAGUGGCAGUGUUUCUUCAUUCCUAACUUGUGGAGCAAGGUUUGACUGCACCUUUGAGAGGAGAAAGCUUGGAUUUGCAGGAACGCUUCCUUGUUUGGAAGGCGUCACGGGUGUGGCCUCCCCUGUGGCUUCAUGGGGUUUCUGUGUCCCCGCCCAAUCACAGGUUUGGCCAGUGACAUCCUCAUCCAUGGCAUGAAGGCUCGAAACCGCUCAAUUCAUGGAGACGUGGUAGUCGUAGAACUGCUCCCUAAAAAUGAAUGGAAAGGAAGAACCACGGCUCUGUGUGAGAAUGACAGUGAUGACAAGGCCUCGGGAGACCCCCCGAGCGAGCCCAUGCCCACAGGCAGAGUGGUGGGCAUCCUUCAGAAGAACUGGCGGGAUUACGUGGUGACAUUUCCAUCCAAAGAAGAGGUCCAAUCUCAGGGCAAAAAUGCUCAGAAAAUCCUAGUUACGCCUUGGGAUUACAGAAUCCCCAAGAUCCGAAUUAGCACUCAGCAAGCAGAAACCCUCCAGGACUUCAGGGUAGUUGUGCGCAUCGACUCCUGGGAGUCAACAUCCGUAUAUCCAAAUGGACAUUUUGUGCGUGUGUUAGGAAGAAUCGGGGAUCUGGAAGGGGAAAUUGCAACCAUCUUGGUGGAAAACAGUAUUUCGGUGGUCCCUUUCUCCGAAGCUCAGGUCAGGUUUCCCCGAGUCCUUUGGUCUGGUGAAAGACAUUCCGUACGGUUUCUUUUUGCAUUUGUUCGUUGUUUGGUCAUUAAGAAGAAAAAUCGCUGUACUGGGUAACCACUCACGAAAGCCACAGAUAAUAAUCUCACUCUUCUGUAUUCUGUGUUUGGACCAGACUGAAGUCAGUUUCAAGCACAUAGUUCAUUUCCUAGGGCCUCACAGCUCUCAAAGUUUUACAUUUUCCAACUGUGCUUAAAAAUGGUAUGUCAGUAUCAUAUUGUCAGUACAUAUCUAUCCCCAGCAGUCACGAGGGUCCCCAGUUACAGAUCCUACUGGGCUCCACUCCCUGUCCUAAUCAUUCAACCAGAGACCUGCACAGAGCUGCGGGAGGCGGCUUCUUGAGUUCUAUACAUUUCUGACCCGUGGGUCAAAAAAGCAUGCUCCUGAAACAGUUUCUGUAACCUUGGCAGAAAACACAAAUUC